GCGUGUCCUGUAAUGUGUUUGCUAUGCCUCUCUUCAAACGCAGCGAUACGAAAAAGAAGUCACGGCGCAAAUCAUCAGACACCACUCCUCCCAGCACCUUACCACCACCACCUCAAGAGAAAGCACCUCAAGUGCCUCAAACAGCCAGUCAGAACGCUGUAACUCGACAAGAUCUGAUCUUCCACGCCCAGUUGGCGCACGGCAGUCCGACUAAGAAAAUCAAGGACUUUUCCAACGUCAAAGAAAUGUACGCGCGCAUCGGUGAGGCGUUCAAAAUGAGAGCAAGCGAGAUCCUUUUUUGCACACUCAAUACACACAAAGUCGACAUGGCUUGCCUACUUGGAGGUCAGAUAGGACUUGAUGAUUUCCUCUUUGUUCACGUUAAAGGAAUCACAAAGGAAGUGCAGAUCAUCAAAGUAGACGUAGCUCUUGGACUGACCAUAACUGACAAUGGAGCCGGCUCUGCUUUCAUCAAACGAAUCAAAGAGGGAAGUGUAGUAGACGAUCAUCCCGAUAUCAAUGUGGGUGAUCAUGUGGAGGAAAUUGAUGGGAAGAAUAUGGUUGGAUGUAGACAUUAUGAAGUAGCAAAGCUGCUCAAAGAGCUGCCACAACACUCAGAAUUUUCGAUGAAGCUAGUGGAGCCUAAGAAGGCAUUUGAUGCUAUUGGACCACGGUCAGUGUCUCGGUCUGGAGGACAGCCAAAAGCAUCAGCUACAGCAGCUAUAGCAGCAGCUGCAGCAGCAGAUACACAACAAAAUGGAGAACCAGUCACAUCACCAGAAAUAGACGCAGCAGUUGGAACUGGCCGCACAACACUAAGACUGCGAUCAAAAGGACCAGCAACAGUAGAAAAAGUAGAGGAUUCAUCAUGGGAGGUGCAAGCAGCACAGAAAGCUGACGAACUUCUGGAAAGUUUUAUGGGAAUUCGUGACUUUGAACUUGCUCAAACUCUCAUUGACUUAGGAAAGGACAAGCAAAAUGUUGACGAGUUUGCAUGUGCUGUUGACGAAAUACUCGGCGACUUUGAAUUUCCUGAUGAAUUUCUGUACGAUGUGUGGGGAGCGUUGACUGACGCUCGACCUAAAUCGUCAUAGUAAAAAUUCAGUAUUUGCACAUU